AUGCUACUUCGCCAUCCUGCCAAUCAGACCAAGACGGGCGCCUUCCUGGAGGCAGUCCUUCAGGCACAUCAGCUUGAAACCGGUACCUCCUACGGCCUCUUCCAACAAGUCUAUGCCAACACCUCCAUCCUGGCAUCUGACACGUGGGCAAAGCGGACUUGGAGUGAACUUGACUCUCUCCCCAUCCACCUGGAGUUUGAUUCCCCCUCUCUUCAGCUACUACGCCAAGGAGACCAACUGUUAGUUGACCUGUUCAUCGAGUCUUUGGUGGACCAACUUACUUUGAAAUGGCUCAACUGGUGUUGGAUCUUCCUGCACGCAGUCACUCUUUCUGAUAUUGUGAAUGCUGACGGGACAGCGAUUACUCUGAAAGCAUGGAAAGGGCUAAGAGCGGACAGCUGUUCUGAUCGCAAUCCGCUAGGCCCGUGGCAUUCUGUUGACUUGUCCUGGAAGUGGCAAUACUCCCCCUCUACCAAUACGCUAUUCCACCGUGAGGGUCAACUAUGGAUCCCUUCCGUUCCUCUCGCCUCCACCAGCCGUCAGCGCACCUUCUACUUGCCUCGUCGCUUCAACCCUGAUCUCCCGCCUCUACCAGUGGACGCUGUCCGCGCCUCGGUCUCUGUCUUCCCUAGCCUUUCCCCAACCCACAAGAGCCGGGUCCUCCUCCACUCUACGGGCCCUCACCUACCAGCCAAACCACCUGCCCCCCAUCUUCCAUCCUUGACCUCUGGCAUCACUUUGGCAGUCUGGCUGACUCAGGUUCUCACUGUUAGAAGUAAGCGAUCCACUGUCGCCUGCAAUCUACCUGUUCAAUUGACUGCAAUUUAG